GUUCCUUUAGUUUAGUUAGGCCAUAAACGUGACAAAAUGGCGUCCUACAAAGACACGUGUGUUACAGACGAUGAAUUAAAGCUUGCGACAAUUAUUUGGGACUAUAUGAAACUAAAUCAUGUUUGUCGUAAGAGUGAUUUAAUACUGUGUCUCGGAAGUUACGAUAUACGCGUAGCAGAGAAAGCGGCCUCACUUUUUCUACAAGGAAUGGGAGAUUUGCUGGUAUUCUCGGGAAACACGGGAAAACUGACAGAAAAUGUGUGGAAAGAACCGGAAGCCAUUGUUUUCUCUGAGAGAGCAAAGCAGAUGGGUGUUCCAGAUGAAAAUAUUCUUAUUGAGGCGGAAUCGACAAAUUCCGGCGAAAACGUUCGUUUUACAUAUAAUAUGUUGUCCGGGAAAGGCAUCAACCCUAAAUCUUUCAUACUCGUGCAGAAGCCGUACAUGGAGAGACGCGCAUACGCCACGUUUAUGAAACAAUGGCCCGGUGACGUACCGGAAGCAGUAUUUGUGACGUCACCGGACGUAGAACUUUUGGAUUAUCCAAGUGAUACAACUGGUCCAUUGAGCGAUGUUAUAAAUGUUCUUGUUGGAGAUUUAGCAAGAAUGAAGCUUUACGAAGAAAAAGGUUUCCAGAUUCACCAAGAUAUACCAGAAAUCGUGCAAAAUGCGUUUGAUAGGUUACUAAAUUCUGGGAAAUAUAACAGUCAUAUACCUACGUGGUAGGCCUAAUACUGAACUUAAACACAUUAGACAGAACUCUUAAGACAUUAAAAGAAACUCUGGAAUAACAAAAGAAAUGUAAAAAUGUCACUAUUGAUUGAUAUUGCGAAAUAUUUUGUUCUACAUGUUUUGCCAAUUUAUUAUAGCGGAAAAUGUGUGGUCUUAAAUUAUUUUUGAGUUCUGAUGCGAAGGAAUUAUAUCAGGAGGAUGCAGCUCAAAUGAUGUAAUAAUAUGCAUCUAAUCGACAUUUAUUUUAUUGAAGAGAUAUUUCAUUUCUAUUCUCACACCAAGUAGGCCUAUAUAUGCUCUCCGCUAUGACCGAUGACGUCACGAUAGUGACAUACAUACAUUUGAUUUUGUUGCAUAAAAACACCGAUACCCUCUAUCAGACAGGAAAAUAAAUCGAGUUUUGAUAAUAUUUCUGUUAAAAUUGUAAAUACAGUUGACAACAGCGA